UCUUCAAUUUCAACAGGUAUAUUUUCUUGUUGCCAAACAGAGCUCGUGAAUUCCUAAACUAAAGUCUAGACUCCUUGUGUUUCUCCACAAUUUCAAAAUGCAACCUUUUCUGACGAGGAUCGAGAAGUGUAGCCUUAGCCAAUGUUUCAUUUCCUUUGAUGUUAACAAAACGUCGUAGCAUCUGAGCAAUCGAUUCUUGUUUUAAAGGAAUUUCUACUUCACACUUUGAUGUCUACGUCACACUUUGACCAUUUCACGAAGUUUUGGAUAUUAUAAGACGUUACAAUGGCUUCGAAAAAUUACUUUGACAACAAUCGCGAGCUUGAAACACUCAACACUGCGAAUAAAGAUACACAACCAAAGAAGAAAAAGAUCGAUUUUGUUUUAGUUUAUAAUGACACAGAUAAUCAUAAAAUGCGUGACAUUCGCAACAGAUAUGAAGAAAAUUUAAAAAAGAGAGGCUUAGUAUUAAAUACUGUCUCAUUAUACGAUGAGCUCGAAGACAAGAACAUAUACUUCGUUUUGGUGCACGCGCCGUUAGACCCAGUCCUUUUCCAAAAAGCAGAGGACAUGCAUAUUCAAAUGCCAUUAAAAGAUGAAACCAACAGUGAACCGGUCACGUUUAACAGUGAACCACAAAGUAUACUGACAAGGUUCUAUAGAAAGCUCGUAGAUAAACGCCUUGAUCCAUUCACAGUAAAGAAACCCACCGUUCGCACUCAAAAUUGGAACACGGUGACUUCCUUUUCAAAAUCAAAUGUUAAGGCUUUUCAGAAAAAGACGACAAUGGUUUCUUUGAAAAUGCUGAAAGAAGUCGAAUGGUAA